CCCCUCAAGGUGUCACCGCGGGGUGGGGGUGACACAGACUGGGGGAUCCCCAUCACCCUGACGCUGUGUCCCCCCCCGCGGUGGCAGGGGAGGUGGCCGUCCCCUACUUCACGGGCCGCGUCACCGACUGGGUGGCCAGCGAGGACGAGUUGGCGGCCGCCUGGCCCAUGGCACUGCUGGGGCUCGGCAGUGCCGUCACCGAAUUCAUCUGCGACGUCCUCUACGCGGGGACGCUGGGCCGGGCGCUGGGACGUCUCCAGCGCCGCGUCUUCGCCGCCGUCCUGCGGCGGGACGUGGCCUCCCUGCAGGGGACGGGGACGGGGGCAGUGACGGCGCGGGUGACGGGGGACGUGGAGGCCACCCACGCCGCGGUGUCCGAGGCCCUCAGCCUCCUGCUGUGGUACCUGGCGCGAGGCGCCUGCCUCCUGGCCACCAUGGCCUGGUUGUCACCCCGCCUGGCCUUUGUCACCCUCCUCUCCCUCCCUGUCCUCCUGCUGCUGCCCCGGGCUGUCGGCAAGGUCCAGCAGGGGCUGUCCAGGCAGGUGCAGGAGGCGUUGGCAGGUGCCACCGAGGUGGCGGUGGAGACCUUCCAGGCCAUGGCCACCAUCCGCAGCUUUGCCCACGAGGCCGGAGCAACUGAGCGGUACCACCAGCGCCUGCGCCGCGUCUACCGGCUGGAGGGGAAGGAUGCGGCCACCUACGCCGCCACCCUCUGGGCCAGUGGGUUCUCGGCACUGGGGCUGAAGUUGGGGCUCCUCUGCUACGGGGGACAGCUGGUGGCUGCGGGGACCAUCACCACUGGGGACCUCGUCACCUUCCUCAUCUACCAGAUGCAGUUCACCGAGGCUGUGGAGGUGCUGCUGCGCUACUACCCCAACAUGACAAAGGCCGUGGGCUCCUCAGAGAAGAUCUUUGAGUUCCUGGACCAGGAGGAGCAGGUGACACCUGCAGGGACACUGGCGCCGGAUGUCCUGCAGGGCCACCUCCAGCUUGAGGAUGUCUGGUUCUCAUACCCUGGGCACCAAGAGCCCGUCCUCAAGGGCCUGUCCCUGGAGCUGCGCCCCGGGGAGGUGCUGGCUGUGGUGGCCCCCCCGGGGGCGGGGAAGAGCACCCUGGUGUCCCUGGUCCUGUGCCUGCGCCCACCGGGGGCCGGGCAGGUGCUGCUGGAUGGUCACCCCCUCCCUGCCUACCAGCACCCCUUCCUGCGCUGCCAGGUGGCUGCCGUUCCCCAGGAGCCCGUGCUCUUCUCCCGCUCGCUCCACGCCAACAUCGCCUACGGGCCGGGGGCCUGGAACCGGGCGCAGGUGACGGUGGCAGCCCGCCGGGCGGGUGCCCACGCCUUCAUCACCCGCCUGCCCCAGGGCUACGACACAGAGGUAGGCGAGCUGGGGGGGCAGCUCUCCGGGGGACAGCGGCAGGGGGUGGCCAUCGCUCGUGCCCUGGUGAGGAACCCCCGUAUCCUCGUCCUUGACGAGCCCACCAGCGCCCUGGACGCUGAGAGCCAGCUGCAGGUAGGAGGUGACACCCGUGUCCCCCUGGGCUCCCUGUCCAGUAGCACCCUGGUCUCCCCCCUGGAUCUCCUCAUUCUAUCAUCCCCUUGGUCCACAAUCCCUGUGCCACCUUGGUCCCUGCUUCAGGGACCCUUGGGCCUUGGUCCCCAUGCCCCUUGGUCCUUGCUCCCCAUAUCCCCUGGGUCCCUCCUUCCCAUAUCCCCUGGGUCCCUCUUUCCCAUGCCCCCUUGCUCUCAACUCCCCACAUCCCCUGAAUCCCUGUGUCCCAGCUCCCCAUGGCCCCUAUGCCCCUGCCCCCUUUGUCCCCUUGGUCCCCAUAUCUGCUUGGUCCUCGGUCCCCAUGUCCCUGGGACCCUGCUCCUCAUGUGCCCUGUGUCUCAACUCCCCAUGUCCCCUUGGUCCCCACAUCCUCUUGGUCCUUGGGCCCCAUACCCCCUGUGUCCCACCUCCCCGUGUCCCCUGGAUCCUCACUCUCCAUGUCCCCUUGGGCCCCAUAUCCCCUGUGUCCCCACACCUGGGGGUCCCCACUGAUGAUGCCACCCACCGCAGGUGGAGCAGGAGAUCUUUGGAGCCAGCAGCGCUGGACGUGCGGUGCUGCUGGUGACAGGGAAGGUGGCCCUGGCCGCGCGGGCACAGAGGGUGGCCGUGCUGGAGGGGGGACGACUGCAUGAGCUGGAGUCCCCCGAGGAGC